AAAUCUCGCUUUCGCACAUGCUCCAAUAGAAGCCCGGGCAUGUGCAGUAGCCUUGCACAGGCUGCUGAGGGAUCCCUCCUAGAGCCCGCCUCAAACCUCGCCCUCUCCGCCUGCAUCCAGGUACAAGUGGCGCCAGUUGGGCGCGAUCGGGGCGGAGGAAAAGUGGCAUUUCCGGGUGCCGCUCCGCAGGACACCCUGACAGAGAGAGGGAAGAUGAGUGGCUCCGAGGGGGAGAGACAGUUGGAGCUAAUCAGCAGCCUGAAAGAGCAAGCUAUUGGUGAAUAUGAAGAUUUAAGAAAAGAAAAUAAGAAAACAAAAGAAGAGUGUGGCAAAUUCAAACAAGAGAGAGAUGAAGCGGUUAAACAGCUUGAAGAAUUGCAGAAAGUUUCUCACAUGGUUAUUGAGGAAGUCAGCUGUAUACAGAACCACCUUGAGAUUGAAAAGACAUGUCGUGAAAGCGCAGAAGCUCUGGCUACUAAGCUAAGCAAAGAGAACAAGACCCUGAAAAGAAUCAGCAUGUUGUAUAUGGCAAAACUGGGGCCAGACAUCAUUACUGAAGAAAUUAACAUUGAUGAUGAAGAAUCAUCUACCGACACAGAAGGUAGCCCUGGACCCUGUGACUCAAUGCAGUGUCAACAGAUAAUAAAAGAUCUGCGAGAUCAAAUUAUCUCCCUUCAAGAGGAGAAGAAGACUGUCGUCAUUGAGCUGGAAAUCUUGAAGAGCAAAUUUGUAGAAGGAAUAGCAGAAGUAAACAAAGUAAAGGAAGAAAAUGGAGUUCUAGCAGCAGAAAUUCACAAACAUCAGAAAGUGUUGGAAAAAUGUAAUCGAAUGUCUGUACUAGCAGUAGAAGAAUAUGAAGAACUUCAAGUCAACUUUGAGCUGGAAAAAAACUUACGGAAGAGGGCAGAAUCCUUUGCACAAGAGAUGUUUAUUGAACAAAAUAAGUUGAAACGGCAAAGUCAGCUGCUGCAACAAAAUUCCACCCCUGAUGAGCAGCUUUCAAAAGCUCUAGAUGAAAAUGCUAAGCUGACUCAAAUGCUGGAGGAAGAGAAAUUGCAACAGCAGCAGAAGGUUAAAGAAUUAGAGGAACAAUUAUCUAGUGAAGUUUUGCAUAAAGAAAUCAAGUCCCUUAAACAACAGCUAGAACUUCUAGAAGAAGAAAAAAAAGAAUUAGAGGAGAAGUAUCAGAGUGCUGAAGAACAAAUUAAAAACUUGGAGCAUUCAGCUGAUGAACUUGAAAAACGAAUAUAUCAGUCAGAAAAUCCAGCACCACUUCCACCUCCACCACCUCCACUUCCACCUCCUCCAAACCCAAUAAAGUCUCUGAUGUCAAUGAUUCGUAAGAAGUCUCAUCCAAACAGCAACUUGACCAAAAAAGAAAAGGCUUCUCAGCAACAAUCAGGAGAAGUAACAGAUCUGAAGAGACAAGCUGUGGAAGAGAUGAUGGACAGAAUUAAAAAAGGAGUUCACCUUAGACCUGUUAAUCAGACCAACCGUUUUAAAACAAAGCCAGAAGUGGCCAAACCCUGUGAAAGUGCAAUGAAAGAGCUAAAAGGAAUUCUGGAGACUUUGAAUACAUCUGCAAGUUCAAGAAGUUUAAAAUCCCUUGACACAUCCAGUAAUGAAACAGAAUUAGAAAGAAUUUUGAGGCUCAGAAAAGUGACAACUGAUCAAGAUAGUAGCAAUUCAACUGGAACUUUGGCUACUUCUGAAUCCAAAUCUAUGCCAGUGCUGGGUUCCAUUGGAACAGGAUCUGAAUUGACUGAAAAAUAUUUAGCAGCAGAUUUCAGUUCCAAACCUUCAGGGUUGGAUAAACAGAGUCAUAAAAUGGUCAAAAGCACAAGUUCUGCAAUUGCCACUCAGUCAUCCAGCAAUGCAGGGAUUAAAAACAAGGUUGUUGAUGCAGAAAAGCAAGCCGAAUUCAUGGUACUAUUCAAUCCAGAGAAAGCCAAAGAACAAAUGCCUAAAGUUAUGGAUCAAGGCAAGAUAACUAAAGAUAAAGGUCAACAGCUUCAUAAAGAUACUAGUACCAAGAAAACAAAAGAGAGUGACAGCUCUCUCUGCUAAUUGAUGUGCUAAAAGGCAUUGACUGUUUCUGGAUCUCUCUUUCAAUGAUCAUCAGUUGUUUUGUUUAUGAAUAUGGGAAAGGGCUAUAUUUUGUACCCUUAAUGUGUUUAUACUGAAUCCAAAGGCUUACUUCAGACCUCUUUCUCCUUUUUUUUUGUUCUAUGAUGUUCAGUUACUAGAUAUGCAAAAUGUUAAGAUUUAUUUGAAUAACAUUAUUUUAUAUUAGUACUUUAUUUAUAGCUUACCCAAAGCCUGCUAAAACUAAUUUAAAUCAGUAAAACAAGACUUAAUUAGAAAUCCAUGACAUGCUCUUAUACGACUGACAACCACAAAUCAGUGUUUAGUGAAUAGAAGACACAAUCUAUCAGCGUCAUUCUUUAAAAUUUUAUUAAAAUUCGGGGUCUGCCGCUAUUAACUAAAAAAAUUGGUGUGGUGUGGCAUAGUUACCAAGUAGUAGAUUCUACUAAAGUUGAAGGAAAUUUUGAAUAAACAAUAUUAGAACUGCAUAAAAGUCCAAACAAAUUAUCAGUGACUAGCAAACUCUACCCUCUGCUUGACUCAGUUCUCCAGAAGAGGUUAAUGUUCAGUACAAUUCCUAUCCCAUGAUGAUGAUGAUGAUAACAAAAACAAGCUUCUUCCUCUGAGCAAUAACAGGAUAAAAGUAGAUCAGUUCUAAAACAGUCCUAUAUUUUUGGCCAGUUUGAGGAAGAGGGCUUUUAUCCUUUGUAUCUAAAGCUUCUCCUAUGUAUCCCCUGCUUAACCACAUCAAGUCCUUCUGGGAGGGCUUGCCAACUGUUGGAUUUCUAAGCCAUGCAAGAAAGAAGGGAGAAUUGUUCCAGAGGUCAUAGAAUGAUUGCAAGCAUUUUAAUAAAUGUAUUUUGGCAUUCAGGAAGAGCAGUACUUUGAAAAAUAAAAAUUGUUCUGUGAUCUUUAUAUACAAAUAUGCUGUAGCAGAGAGCAUAAUAACGGAGACAUUCUCUUGUAUGAGAGACAGAAGAGAAUGCCUUGUCUAAGAGGUGCCUAUCUUCUAUCUGGGUAUAUUGUAACUUCUCACAUUAGGGCACUUUUUAAAUAAUAAUUAAUAUAUCCAAUUAAUUGACUUACAGAAGUAAAUUCAUGGACUUCAAUGGGCCCUAAUCCUAAAUAAUCUGGCAUAGGAUUUCAGGUUACAUAUUAUAGGCAGAAUGAAACAGGUAUACUUUGUUUUGCUCAAUGUCUGUUGAUUUACAGGAGCUUAUUAAGUGGAUUAAUAAGACCUAUAUAAUUAUUUGUUCGAUAUAGUUCAAGUGCCUUCUCCUUCCUGGAAUUUGACAACUGUGAAUCAUUACUUUGUCUACCUUGACUCAUAGCUGACUAUGGAAUAGAAAGAUGUGGUGAGGCCCUAAUCUCUUCCACAUUCUAUGCCAUUGAGCAAAUCAGAUUAGACUCAGAGCUAUUACGGAAAGUCCCAAGGAAACGGUGGCAAUAUGGACUUGGCUUCCCCCCAGCUAUUAUUUACUUAAAUUAUUUCAUAUUAGGACUAUAUAUCUUUCACAACUAUAAUAUCUAUAAUAUGUUGAAUAUGUCAUCUAGAAUAUGUUGAAAACAUGCAACUUAAUAGUUCUACUUUAUAACAGGUUCUUGUUAGCAGUGUCACCUUGAAUAUUUAUUCUUAAAAGUUAUUCCAAUCAUCAGCCUAGACAAUGUUGUCCUAGACAAUGUGAAAUGAAGGUGUAUUUCACUGGUUUUGUAGUAGCAAAACCACUACUUCUAAUUCAUUCAAUUUUUAUUAUGGUCACUAAACAGCACAAAGCAAAUAACAGGCAUAACAAACAUGACACUGUGAGAACACAUCUCACCGUCUAUCACAGUAUCCUUAAUGCCUUCUUAACUCAGACACUUGUUUUCCUGAGCCUAUGCAGGUACUGAACAAGUCCUGAAAAAGGCAAAAUAUUAAGGAGCAGCCAUAGGUACAGGAGGGAGCCUCUGCCAGUUCUGAAGCACUCUUACCCACUUCAGAUCCAAAUACUGUAUAUCUCUAGUUUAAAAUAGAUUAAGUAUGUGAGCACAAAACAAAAUAUGAGUCUUCUGUAGGAGACAGCAGGAUGUGGUAGAGAAAGACAGCAGCAGAGGGACAGCAGCAGAAUGUGGGGAAUGAAGGGACAGCAUGAAAUCCUGAAUCACAGUUUCAUAACUAUGAGCUAGGCUUUAUAUUAGCACACUAGGGAAGGUAUAAAUGGAAUUAGGUCAGGUGCUUAAUAAAACUGAGAAAACUUUAGAUCUUUUUAUAUGCAAGAUAGUUAUCUUCUAUAAUAUACUUCUCCUAAGACUCUAGACACAUUUUUUGAGUUAAUCAACGCUUAACUUCAACCAGAUAAGGCCUCUUCUAUGGAAAGUAGCAGGCAUCAUAGAACUAUGCAAUUUAUAUGGCAUUUCAGAGUAGCUGAAAUAUUUCUCUCUUUUUAGAAAAAUAGUGACUCUGAUUGUUUGGCUGGGAAGGCAGGCAUGGAGAAAGGUUUAUGUGUAUGUGUAUAUAUACUGUAUAUGCACAGUUUAUGUAUAUGUAGUUUCUUGCACAUUUGUCUUCCUGCCUUUUAUACAGUCUAGAGCAGUGUUUCUCAACAUUGGCCACUUUAAGAUGGGUGGAAUUCAAUUCCCCAAAUUCCCUAGCCAGCUCUGAAUUCUGGGAAUUGAAAUCCACCCAUCUUAAAGUGGCCAAGGUUGAGAAACACUGCUCUACAGCUUGUAUCCAGUUUCAGAAAGAAUGCUAUAAAUACGUCUUUAAUACUGGACUCAAUAUUCAGUAGUAUUCUUUGGUUGGUACUGACCUGAGACUAAAAUCUAGGUUUUUUUAUAUGAAUUCUAUGCACAGUUUCUGAGGUCUACACCAAUUUCUUGCAAUCAGAAAUUAAUCCUGUUUUACAAUUUUGACACAACUUGAGAAGAUUACAUGCCAUCUAUUCCUUAUGUGUUUGUGAUUACUGUUUCUAACUAAACAGACUGCCAGUUAUAUCUUGCUGAUUUUGUCAAGUUUUUCCCAGCAAUAUAAGAGUUGCUAUUUGAGAUGGCAUACUCAGACAGUGAUGUUUGAUUUGAAUCCUUGUACAUGGCCAAGUUCAGAGUACUCUUGUCUGGGAUUGAUUUCAUAUUGUCAGAUAACUCCAUCCUAAGUAGUUAUGUAUAUGUGUUGUAUGUUUGUGUCUGUGCAUGUGUGUAUGUAUUGGUGCCUUGCUCUGUUUCUACAGUCUUAAUGUUAAAAUAUAUCAGUAAUACAUCUCCACAUGGUGACCAGCAGAAGUAAUUUCUGCAUCCUGCUUCAGGGUGUGGUAUGGAGGGUAUGCAAUGUGCAUUGGCCAAAUGAUGUUUACCUGUCCAUCAGUAGGAUCUCUGAGCAUAGUCAGUGGGUUUCCCAAGCACAUCAGAUGCAUUAAACAUGUCACCAUAUGGAAUGCAGUGUAUUCAAGAAAUAUACCGAGUAUCUCAUUGACUACAUUUGGUCAUCAUUCAUUUUUCUAAUAGAAACAUUGAUAAACAUGCAACAGGCCAUCUUGAGUGCAAAUUCACAGUUUACUCAUAUUUCUAAAACUAUACAUUUACAAUAUAAUGGACAAUUGUGAUGAAACUUCAGCAAUUUGCAAUUUAAUAUUGGUUUGAACUUGAGUGCAUUGUUAAGACCUUUCUGAUAGGAGGUAGUGAUUAGUAGUUAGGAUUAAGGCUGAAUCUAAUUUAUUUACUUGACUUGAUACGUACAUGUUUAAUGCUUGUCUGAAAAAGCAAACCAUAAAGCUUUCUAUGGACUUCAUUUGGAGGUAAAUUCCACCAAAAUCAGUUGGGCUUAUUCCUGAAUAGAUAUGGAUAGGAUUGCAUUGUUAAUGUAGUAGUUCUAGCUUUCUUAUUCUUCCUUUUUUUGGUUGCCUGAUCUGAUCAGUGAAUUAAUAAUUUGUAAAUAUGGGGAAACAUGUUUUUUUUCCUGAUUUUGCAUUUAUAUCAGUUAUUAGAUUGAAUUUAAUAUGACAAUUUCUUUAUUUUUUUAAUUAUUAUUGAAGAUAC